CAAUGGCAACAACAUCACACGGAUCAACAAGAAUGACUUUGCUGGACUGAAGCAGCUCCGUGUCCUGCAGCUGAUGGAAAACCAGAUCAGCACGGUGGAGCGUGGGGCGUUCGAUGACAUGAAGGAGCUGGAGCGGCUGCGGCUGAACCGCAACCAGCUCCACACCCUGCCCGAGCUCCUCUUCCAGAACAACCAGGCGCUGUCGCGGCUGGACCUGAGUGAGAACUUCAUCCAGGCCAUUCCCAGGAAAGCUUUCCGUGGGGCCACCGACCUCAAGAAUCUACAACUGGACAAGAACCAAAUCAGCUGCAUCGAGGACGGGGCUUUCCGUGCCCUGCGGGGGCUGGAGGUCCUGACCCUGAAUAACAACAAUAUCACUUCCAUCCCCGUGUCCAGCUUCAACCACAUGCCCAAGCUGCGGACGUUCCGCCUGCACUCCAACCACCUCUUCUGCGACUGCCACCUGGCCUGGCUCUCGCAGUGGCUGCGCCAGCGUCCCACCAUCGGGCUCUUCACCCAGUGCUCUGCUCCAGCCCAGCUCCGCGGCCUCAACGUGGCCGAGAUCCAGAAGAACGAGUUCAGCUGCUCCGGACAAACGGACCCAGCACGUGCCCAGCUCUGCAGUUUGUCCUCUGGCUCCUGCCCGGCCAUGUGCACUUGCAGCAACGGCAUCGUGGACUGUCGGGGCAAGGGGCUGACAGCCAUCCCUGCCAACCUGCCCGAGACCAUGACGGAGAUACGCCUGGAGCUCAACGGCAUCAAGUCCAUCCCCCCGGGUGCCUUCUCCCCCUACAAGAAGCUGCGGAGGAUAGACCUGAGCAACAACCAGAUCUCAGAGAUCGCCCCUGACGCCUUCCAGGGUCUGCGCUCACUGAACUCGCUGGUGCUGUAUGGCAACAAGAUCACAGACCUCCCCAAGGGUGUCUUCGGGGGACUUUUUGCCCUGCAGUUGCUGCUCCUCAAUGCCAACAAGAUCAACUGUGUGAGGGCAGACGCCUUCCAGGACCUGCAGAACCUCUCUCUGCUCUCGCUCUAUGACAACAAGAUCCAGAGCCUGGCCAAGGGCACCUUCACCUCCCUGCGGGCCAUCCAGACCCUGCACCUGGCCCAGAACCCCUUCGUCUGUGACUGCAACCUCAAGUGGCUGGCAGACUUCCUCCGUGCCAACCCCAUCGAGACCAGCGGUGCCCGCUGUGCCAGCCCCCGCCGCCUGGCCAACAAGCGCAUCGGCCAGAUCAAGAGCAAGAAGUUCCGCUGCUCAGCCAAAGAGCAGUAUUUCAUCCCAGGGACAGAGGAUUACCAGCUGAACAGCGAGUGCAACAGCGACGUGAUCUGUCCCCCGAAGUGCCGCUGUGAAUCCAACGUGGUCGAGUGCUCCAACCUGAAGCUCACCAAGAUCCCGGAGCGCAUCCCGCAGUCCACGGCUGAGCUGCGCCUGAACAACAAUGAAAUCUCUGUCCUGGAGGCUACUGGCAUCUUCAAGAAACUCCCACACCUGAAGAAAAUCAACCUCAGCAACAACAAGGUGUCGGAGAUCGAGGACGGGGCAUUCGAGGGGGCAUCCUCCGUCAGCGAGCUGCACCUCACCGUCAACCAGCUGGAGUCGGUGCGGAGCGGCAUGUUCAGGGGCCUGGAUGGGCUGAGGACCUUGAUGCUGAGGAACAACCGCAUCAGCUGCAUCCACAACGACAGCUUCACGGGGCUGCGCAACGUCCGCCUGCUCUCCCUCUACGACAACCAGAUCAGCACCAUCGCGCCGGGUGCCUUCGACACCCUGCAGUCCCUCUCCACGCUGAACCUGCUCGCCAACCCCUUCAACUGCAACUGCCAGCUGGCCUGGCUGGGGGACUGGCUGCGCAAGAGGAAGAUCGUGACGGGGAACCCGCGGUGCCAAAACCCCGACUUUCUCCGGCAGAUCCCGCUCCAGGAUGUGGCUUUCCCCGACUUCAGGUGUGAGGAAGGUCAGGAGGAGACCACCUGCGUCCCCCGGCCCCAGUGCCCACAGGAGUGCACCUGCCUUGACACCGUCGUCCGCUGCAGCAACAAGCACCUCAAAGCCCUGCCCAAGGGGAUCCCCAAGAACGUCACGGAGCUCUACCUGGAUGGAAACCAAUUCACUCAGGUCCCCGGGCAGCUCUCCACCUUCAAGUACCUGCAGCUUGUCGACCUGAGCAACAACAAGAUCAGCUCCCUGAGCAACUCCUCCUUCACCAACAUGAGCCAGCUCACCACCCUCAUCCUCAGCUACAACUCCCUGCAGUGCAUCCCUCCGCUCGCCUUUGAGGGCCUCCGCUCCCUCCGGCUGCUGUCUCUCCACGGCAAUGACAUCUCCAGCCUCCCUGAGGGCAUCUUCGCAGACGUCACCUCCCUGUCCCACCUAGCCAUCGGGGCCAACCCCCUGUACUGCAGCUGCAACCUGCGCUGGCUCUCCAGCUGGGUCAAGACCGGGUACAAGGAGCCAGGCAUCGCCCGCUGUGCUGGGCCCCCCGAGAUGGAAGGCAAGCUGCUGCUCACCACCCCUGCCAAGAAGUUCGAGUGCCAAGGCCCACCCUCCCUGAGCGUCCAGGCCAAGUGCAACCCCUGCCUCUCCAGCCCCUGCCAGAACAAGGGCACUUGCCACAACGACCCCCUUGGCUCCUACCGCUGUGCCUGCCCCAGUGGCUACAAGGGCAGGGACUGUGAAGUGGCACUCAGUGGCUGCUCCUCCAACCCCUGUGCCAACGGGGGGACCUGCCAGCCCCAGGAGGGGGAAGGAGCCGGGUUCAGGUGCCUGUGCCCGGUGGGCUUUGAGGGUCCGAGCUGCCGAGCCAUCAGUGACCCCUGCAAGGAGCACAGCUGUGAGAACGGGGGCUCCUGCGUUCCUGGUGCCACCAACUACACCUGCCUGUGCCCUGCCCACUACACAGGGGAUUUCUGUGAGCAGCCACCGGAUUUCUGCUCAGCCGAGCUCAGCCCGUGCCAGCAUGGCUCCACCUGCAUCUCCACCAGCCAGGGGCCCAGGUGUGAGUGUGCACCCGGCUACGUGGGGAGCAACUGCAGCGAAGACUUCGACGACUGCCAGGACCACCGGUGCCAGAACAACGCCCACUGCCUGGACGAGGUGAACGGCUACUCCUGCCUCUGCACCGAGGGCUACAGUGGCCAGCUCUGCGAGAUGCCACCCCACGCCGCCGGCCAGCCCGGCCCCUGCGAGCGAGCCGAGUGCCAGAACGGGAAAAAAACCGUUGAGCGGGGCACCCGUGCCCUCUGCCAGUGCCUGCCCGGCUUCGGCGGCCCCAAGUGCGAGAAGCUGCUGAGUGUCAACUUUGUGGACCGCGACACGUACCUGCAGUUCACCGACCUGCAGGACUGGCCCCGGGCCAACAUCACCCUGCAGGUCUCCACGGCUGAAGGCAAUGGCAUCCUGCUGUACAACGGCGACAGUGACCACAUGGCCGUGGAGCUAUACCAGGGCCAUGUCAGGGUCAGCUACGACCCUGGCACCCACCCCAGCUCGGCCAUCUACAGCGCUGAGACCAUCAACGACGGGCAGUUCCACACUGUGGAGCUGGUGACCUUCGAUCAGAUGGUGAACCUCUCCAUCGAUGGCGGCAGCCCCAUGACCAUGGACAACUCGGGCAAGCACUAUACACUGAACAGUGAGGCUCCCCUCUAUGUGGGAGGGAUGCCUGUGGACGUCAACUCGGCUGCCUUCCGCCUCUGGCAGCUCCUCAACGGCACCAGCUUCCACGGCUGCAUCCGCAACCUCUACAUCAACAACGAGCUGCAGGACUUCACCAAGACGCGGAUGACGCCGGGGGUGGUGCCGGGCUGUGAGCCCUGCCGCAAGCUCUACUGCCUGCACGGCAUCUGCCAGCCCGCCGGUGCACAGGGCCCCGUCUGCCACUGCGAGCCUGGCUGGGACGGGCCCCACUGCGACCAACCCCGUGGCGGCCCCUGCCAGGGGCACAAGUGCGUGCACGGGCUGUGCCUGCCCCUCGACGCCCUCUCCUACAGCUGCCAGUGCCACCAGGGCUACCAGGGUGCCCUCUGCAACCAGCCCACCGAGCCGCCCGACCCCUGCCACCGCCGGCCCUGUGUCCACGGCCACUGCCGCCUCACCCCGAGCGGCCAGCCUGUCUGUGAGUGCCACAGUGGCUACGCCGGAGCCCUCUGUGACCAAGAGCCAGAGUGCCGCGGGGAGCCGGUGCGGGACUACCACCAGGUGCAGCGGGGCUACGCCAUCUGCCAGACGACGCGGCCGGUGGCCUGGGUGGAAUGCCGGGGGUCCUGCGGGGGUCCCAGCGCUGGCUGCUGCACCGGGCUGCGGCUGCGGCGCAGGAAAUACGCCUUCGAGUGCAGCAAUGGCGCGACCUUCGUGGAGGAGGUGGAGAAGCCCACCAAGUGCGGCUGCAGCCAGUGCCUGUGAGCGGCCACCAGCCCCGGAGAGCCCAGGGGGGCCAGUGGGGAGACCCCCCCAGCCCCCCGCCACAGCCAAGGACCUCGCUUUGCCCUGCGGCCGCUGUCCCACUGUCUGGGUGUGCCCGAACCGCAGCCGCAUCGGAGGAGCCCGGCGGAGGGUAGAGCUGUUGCAUCUAGAGGGUUGGGAAAGAUAAAGAAAAAAAAAAAAAGAAAAGAAAACUUAAAAAAAAAACAAACCACCCCACAAACAAAGCAAAUGUGUAGAUAGAGGAUUUUUUAAGAACUGCAGCUACACAGAUGUGUGGAUACGGGGCGGGCGCUCUGCUCAGCUGCUCCCCAUGGCACCUCUGCCUUCCCCCGGCGCAGCCCUGCAGCCCCCGAGGCCAGCGCCUGUGUCCCCCUGCGUGUCCCCUCCCCAGCAGCCCUGUCCCUCAUGUCCAGCCAGGUGAGCCGGGGGCUUUUCUGUCACCUGCUGCUGGGGCAGAGGAGCCUGAUGUGGCAGAGCCUCGUGGGCUGUGGGAAGCCAGGGCUGUGCGGUACGGCCGGCAUCCUGCGGUCCCAGUAAGCCCACUGGCCGGCUCCCUGUCCCCUCUUCUGGCAGCCCUGACCUCCCUGCUGAGGACCUGCCAUCGCCCCAAUGGCAGCUGCAGCGAGGAGCUCCCCAGUGCCGUGCCCAGGGUGCUGCACCCCGGAGCGCCCCAAACAUGUCACCAGCUCUAUGGGCACAGCCUGACCCACCAUGGGCUGGGCUUUGGGGCACAGCUCCAGCCCAGUCUAGUGGCCUCGGGGCUGUGCUGGGUAGAGCAGGACCAGGGUGGUCCCAGGCACGCUGAGCAGGUCACAGGCAGUGGGGUGCAGAUGUCUGUGGGGGUCCCUGCCCUGUGCCGUGGGGCCCAGCACUGUGUCCUUAAUGUCAACCCCAAAUCCCCCCAGCCCAGCCAGGCGGCUCUGCUCGGAGGUGGGAGCCGUGUGGGGCAGCACAAGACCCCCUUUCCUCCAGGCUUAGUCCUGGGGGGGGUCUGCAGCUGGGCAGGGGUGCCCCAUGUCCCUCUGUCCCAUCAAGCGGGGGCAGGAGGUUGCCAGGACGGACGGACAGGGUGUGGGUUUGCCAUGCCCAUCAUCGGGGCUUCAGCCUUCCGUGUGCCAGCGCUGGCUGAAGAGGCUGAAGAUGCCCGAGCCCUCAAGCCUUGAGCUGACACUGCUGCUGGGACAGGUCCCACCAGCUCCUGGACUCAGGUGCCAGCUCCUGGGCAGCACCUCCCCAAAGGCUGCAGUGCCAGGGGCCACGCUGGGCUGGUGUGGGAGCAGGGGCAGCACAGCAUGGGGAGCCCGUGCCGGGGUACCGCGGGCACCCGACCACCGCAGCAGCAUCGCUUCUACACCCAUGGAGGCCAAGGAUGGUGGGGGCCUGACCUGGGACACUGCACGCAGCUGGACAGUGUGUCACCACGUCACUCUGGGUGGACAAACUCUCCACGGCACGGCUUCAGGUCUGCCCCGCUGGGGCAUCUCCACCGGGUGCAUCUGGCUCUGUGGGUGCCAUCAUCAUCCCUGCUCACCACCAGCAUCCAGGACAUUCCCACCACCACGGGGAUAUGUUUCUGCCACAAAUGCCCUCUCUGCCGGAGCCCCCUCUGCCACACAGAGGAGCCGGGACGCGUCUGGUUUUGCCCGUGGCCUGGCCGGGGCUCGGUUGUGUUGUGUUUCUGUUCUCGCUGUAAGCUAACCGCUAAAGUAUCUCUUUAUACAGAAUACUUACAGAUUCUAAUAUAUAUUUGUAUUUCAUUUUGUUAUAGUAUUUUUAUAUGUUCGGGGUCAACAAAUGAUGUUUUCUUUUUGUUUACAGAUGCUACUGGGCAGGAAAAUGACGGUGGCUUUGUUUGGCCCGUGGGGUUUGUGUGUGUCACUGUUGAAGACGCUGGUUUGUACUAGGCUGGCGAGGGAGGCGCUGGGCAUCCUUCCGCUGGCAGAGGCUGUAUUGUUUUAGGAGAUGUUUGGUAUUGUCUAUGUUGUCUUCCAUGUGAACAUGACAUUUAUUCAUUCA